AUGUUCAACUCACCGGACUGGGUGUUCUCUAUGUUUGCUUUCCUCGGAUUCUUGUGCUGUAUGAUUCCGCUUCCCUGGCAUUUGGAAGCAUGGAACACUGGAACUUGUCUUUACAUGACCUGGACCGGCCUAUCGUGUCUAAUCCAGUUCAUUAACUCCAUCGUUUGGAGGACGAAUGUGAUUAACUGGGCUCCCGUGUGGUGUGAUAUCUCCGCGAAAUUCAUAAUCGGGAGCUCCGUUGCUAUCCCCGCUUGUUCGCUUUGCAUCAACCGUCGUCUCUACCACAUCGCAUCAGUUUCCUCGGUCACAAAGACAAGGGCGCAGAAGAGACACGACAUCAUGACCGAUCUGGCUAUUGGUGCUGGUAUCCCCGUCUUGGAGAUGAUUCUGCAAUAUAUCGUACAAGGACAUCGGUUCGAUAUUUUUGAGGAAAUUGGCUGUUAUCCCGCCACUUUUAACACCCCUCCUGCAUAUGUAUUGGUAUUUACAUGGCCCUUGGCCCUUGGAUGCAUCUCUGCUUACUAUUGUGUCCGCACUAUUGUCGAACUAGCCCAGCGUAGGGCCCAGUUCAUGGAGUUCCUUUCUGUGAACAAGAACCUGAGUUCCAGUCGUUACUUCCGCCUCAUGGGUCUUGCUGGUAUUGAGAUGUUAUGCACGGUCCCUAUGGGUGCCUAUGUCGUCUACCUCAAUGCUACUGCCCAACCAGUCUACCCCUGGAUCAGUUGGGCCAACGCGCACUACGAUUUCUCUCGCGUCGAACAAAUUCCAUCAGAACUCUGGCGCCUGAACGAUUCUCUCGUGUUGUCGCUUGAGCUCAGCCGAUGGCUCCUCAUUGUCUGCGCAUUCGUAUUCUUUGGUUUCUUCGGGUUCGCCGACGAGGCCAGGAAGAACUACCGCCUCGCCUAUGUUUCGGUUGCGAAGCGCGUGGGUCUUUCGACCGCUGGUACUGUGUCGCAAGGGUCUUGGACUGUUGGUGGAAAAUCAGAGAUGGCAUACAACAGCCGCACUGGCACUUUGCCCGUGUUCGUCGUUCAACGUACCGAAAAGAAGCGCGAUUCUGUUAAUUCAUUCUCCACCAGCAUUUCCAUUGGCGAGUUUAACAUGGCAUUCGACGAUGUCAAGGAGGUUUCGUACCUACCAACAGAAACUGCCGCGGGUUCGGUAUCAAAGGAGUCGCUCCCGACUACACCUGUCGAUGGUCAGACAGUUCCACUACCAGAUGGACCUGCUCUUGCAGGCCCCUCGCUUGACAUCGAUUCAAUUCCCCGGCUUGUCGCCGACUCACCUGAAUCGGCGCGUAAUUCAAUAGAUAUCGUAUGA